GGUUUGCUCCUUCCACCCGUAGACCUCCAGUCGCCGUCGGUCCGGUGUGUGACGUCACAUUUUAAACACGUUGGCUGGUUGUGCGCUUGUAAACAACAGGCUACUGAUUUCGUCCUGGGCACAGGGCAGGUAAGACACGCGGGAGAGAACGUAACUAGGAAGAGUGAACACCUUUUUUAGGUGCUCAGCGCAUACCAAGCGGCGAUGCAACAGAUUUGUGCAGGUUUUUAGGUGGAAUAUUUUUGUCCAUUUAUUGGAUCCAUUUUUGGAGGGGGAAUGGCAUGUCUUAUGGCAGCAUUUUCUGUGAAUAACGCCACUGUCACUAACUCCAUCCUAAUGAACACCAAUGGGCCUCCUGAUCUGAUGCUGGACCCCAGGACUGUAUGUGUAUCUCUUGAUGAAGUGGUAUCCAAUCAUUUGAGCAGUCAACAUACUCCAUUAUUAAAUGGGCAUCUCAAGAAAGUGGAGAACAGUCUAACUGAAGCCCAACGUUUUUCCUACCUGCCACACCGACCAGCAGUUAACAUUGAAUUCAAAGAUGUCAGCUACUCAGUUCCAGAGGGACCAUGGUGGAGAAAGAAAGGUUACAAGACUCUGCUGAAAGGGAUCUCUGGAAAAUUCACCAGCGGCUGCCUGGUGGCCAUCAUGGGUCCCUCAGGAGCUGGGAAAUCUACGCUGAUGAACAUUCUGGCCGGCUACAGAGAGACAGGGAUGAAGGGGGAGAUCUUGAUCAAUGGGCAGCCUCGUGACCUACGCUCUUUCAGGAAGGUCUCGUGCUACAUCAUGCAGGACGACAUGCUUCUGCCUCACCUCACAGUACAGGAAGCCAUGAUGGUGUCUGCUAAUCUGAAGCUCCAGGAAAAGGAUGAGGGCAAGAGAGACAUGGUGAGGGAGAUCCUGACGGCCCUGGGCCUGCUUGAGUGUGCGAAAACCCGAACGUCACAUCUAUCAGGGGGGCAGAGGAAAAGGCUGGCUAUCGCCCUGGAGCUUGUCAACAACCCUCCCGUCAUGUUUUUUGACGAACCCACCAGUGGCCUGGACAGUUCCUCCUGCUUCCAGGUGUUGUCUCUGCUGAAGGCCCUGGCCCAUGGUGGCCGCACCGUCAUCUGCACCAUCCACCAGCCCAGCGCCAAGCUCUUUGAGCUCUUCAACAAGCUGUAUGUCCUUAGUCAGGGCCAGUGUAUCUACAGAGGGAAUGUACCUAACCUGGUCCCCUAUCUUAGAGAGCUGGGGCUCAACUGCCCAACGUACCACAACCCUGCAGACUUUGUGAUGGAGGUGGCGUCUGGGGAGUACGGAGAUCAGACGGCGCGUCUGGUGAAGGCCGUGCAGGAGAGGAAAUGUGAGCAGGUCUACAGGACAGACAUGAACAAUGGACCCCUCAAUCCCUUCCUGUGGCACAAAUCGUCUGAGCAGGACUCCUCUUCCAGUGAGGGCUGCCACAGUUUCUCGGCCAGUUGUCUGACUCAGUUCUGCAUCCUGUUCAAAAGGACGUUUCAAAGCAUUAUUAGAGAUACGGUGCUGACUCACCUAAGAAUCUGCUCUCACAUUGGAAUUGGGAUUCUGAUUGGCCUGCUCUACCUGGGCAUCGGCAACGACGCCAAGAAAGUGCUCAGCAACUCUGGCUUCCUCUUCUUCUCCAUGCUCUUCCUCAUGUUUGCUGCUCUAAUGCCUACUGUUCUGACCUUCCCUUUAGAGAUGGGAGUUUUCCUAAGAGAGCACUUGAACUACUGGUACAGUCUGAAGGCUUACUAUCUGGCCAAGACUAUGGCGGACCUCCCCUUCCAGAUAGUGUUCCCAGUCGCCUAUUGCAGCAUCGUCUACUGGAUGACGUCCCAGCCGCCUGACGCUGUGCGUUUCAUCCUUUUCUUGGCCCUGGGAGUCCUCACCUCUCUUGUGGCUCAGUCUCUGGGCCUGCUGAUAGGAGCGGCUUCCACCUCUCUACAGGUUGCCACGUUUGUAGGUCCGGUGACUGCCAUACCCGUACUGCUUUUCUCUGGCUUCUUCGUCAGUUUCGACACAAUUCCGUGGUAUCUUCAGUGGAUGUCAUACAUUUCAUAUGUCAGGUAUGGCUUUGAAGGUGUCAUCCUCUCCAUCUAUGGCCUGGACCGGGAGGACCUCCACUGCAACAAGGAUGAAACAUGCCAUUUCCAGAAGUCGGAGGCCAUCUUGAAAGAGCUUGACGUGGAAGAUGCCAAACUGUAUCUUGACUUCAUAGUGCUCGGCAUGUUCUUUGUGAGCCUCCGCCUCCUCGCAUACUUUGUGCUGCGCUAUAAGAUCAGUGCAGAGAGGUAGACUGGAGAGUGAGGGUAGGAGGAAGAAGGCCUAGAUCGCUUGCAUGCUGGAAUACCGCUUCUGGAGACCUCCAGGCAGUGACCAGAAACACACCAUGCACCCUGCAGAAAUUAUGGGUACACUAUGUGGCGGUGGCACGAAAGGGCUGGAUUUUGACACUUGACUGGCCAAUCAGAACAUUCUCCAUGGCUAAAUAUGUGUUUUGCAUUGUCAUCAACGCCAAUUUGAAUGUCAGUCCGCUAUAGCCUAGUUUGUUAAAUAGCCUAUAGAAACAAACUAACUAAAUGUAGGCCUACCCAUCUUUCCUAAAUAUAUUGAACAUGUUGGCAGUCCACAUUGCUCUAUGUAAUUGCAUUGCUUCAAUAUGGAAAUAUAUUAAACAUAGCAUUCACACUGAUAUGAGCUAGGCCUACUGUAAAUGUCAUUAUGGCUGAGCCAUGGACAUGCCAAACGUUGUCAAUAAGCAAGAUGUAAUUCACUAUUGAUGAGGCCUAAAAAGAGUGAAUCAUUCUAAUCAAAUUCUAAUCAAAAGAAAAAGUUGUUUUAAGUAGGCUGUCUAAAUACAUGUUUAAAUGUUUUGUAGUAAACAAGUGUUUCCAAUGACAUCAUCAACCAAUUAGUAGACCAUUAGUAGGCAAUGUUUACUCACAAUUGGUCAAAAUCACAUUAUGCACACUGAAGUUGUCAUUGGAAACACUUAUCUUCCUCUAUCUUUUUUUUUACAACAAAACAUAGAAACUCACCAUUUUCACAUGUUGAUGUUGGGGUGAUGAUGAAUAUGAAGUUGGAAAAAAAUGUGGUGUUUCCCUUUAAGGGUAGACUACAGGAUGGCUUGGUUUGUAAUAAUAUGAAACGGAAAACAAGCAAUUGUUACAGGAAAAAAAGUUCUAAAGGGUCACCAGCAUUAUCUCAUCUCUCCUUUCAUGAUGGGCAUAUGGACACAAGUAGCCUGCCUGGAGUUUAUUUUAAUUUUACGCACGUCCAAAACGGGAGCUGGCUAAAAUAACAUACAUACAUAUAUUAUAUUAUAUAAAGGGAUGUCCACUUACUGUUUUUUCUGUUUUUCUGCUCCCAAAGGUUCAUUUUUAAUUAAGCUUUGUUGGUUAAGAUGUAUUUCAAAGCGGUCUCACUAGCGAAACCCUUUAUUGUUAGGCUUGGCUACUUGGCGAACGCAUUGGGCAGGACAAAACAACUGCCUUCAUUGAGAGGAAGGGAGGAUUAUGCACAAUUUUUUAUCAAAUUAAACCAAAUGAGAAAACAUAUCCUCUCUUCUUCCAUGAGUAUACGGGUCACAGCUGGAUAGGUUGCGCUUCAGCUCACAAAAUCCUUGCCAUUACCAACCGCAAAGACCGGCUUUUCAUUGGUCUUAAGUCUCCGGAUAUGCGCUGCAUGAAAUAGUCACGUUUGAACUUGUUUUCAAGGGCACGCCUAAAAUAUUUACACAGCGCAAGCAAGCUGAUAUUAGACUGAAAGCGACAGUUUUUACAUGCUGAAUUUGUGCGUUUGGCACUUGUGCCGCGUAGCUCCAGCCGAAAAUAGAGCUUAUUCUCUUUUGAUAGGUUUGCUCCCUGUGAAAAGGAAAUGAUAUGACCUCAUGGCAUCUUGUCAAUAUACAUGGAUUUCAUUUGUUUACCAUAGUGAGAGGAACAUGCACUGGCCACAUGUGUAAACCUCAAAAAUAUUGGAAUGAAUAGCAAAGGAAUGCAUUAAAGGGAUAGUUCACCCAAAUUAAAUUAAUUAAAAAAUUACAUUGGUUUACCAUUACCCUGUAAGUAGUCUAUGGACAAGUUAAGACAGCAAUCCAUGCUUUGGUUUUGUUUAUUUGACCACUGUCUCCAAAUGCUAACUUUUUAGCAUUCAUGUCAUAAUUACAAUAUGUCGUUAGGGUGAACUAUCCCUUUAAGUUGUGAAUUAGGCAUUAAAACGAUGUACAGGUUGCAUAACAUGACAGCAGAACUGCAUGAAACAAAUUAAGCUGCUUAAUCUCUUUAGUGGUUUACUUAUAUGGCCUGAAAAAUAUACUUUAUAUAUUUUUAAUUAAAUAUCAGUAGAAAGUAUGAUGAAUUAAAAAAAACUUGAAAACAAAUUACACACUCUAAUGUGAUACUGCAAAUAUCAAUGCAAAACCUUUUGUAAAACAUGAUAAUAUGCUUUUGUAGAUUGGUAUGUUUUUGUCAUUACUUUAUUUUGUGUUGCAAUAUUUCACACACAGAGGUUGAAACUCUAAUAAAACACUGCAGAGGAAAUGUUGCAUGUUACACUAUUUCAAAGCUAUGUUUUAAUGGCAGUGUUAUGAACAUGUUUUCAGUACAUAGGAUAGUAUUAUUAAAUAUGUUUCAUUGGCUUGCUGGGGAGGAGGCUUUAAAAGUUUCAUGUUUAGACAAACCCCACUCUGAAGUUCUGAACUCAUUGGAACAGCUUUCUAUCAAGAAUGUGGGGCAUUACCAAAUUAUUUUUUGUACAUUGGUUUGUUUUUCCAAUUGUUUAGCUUUUCCUCCUUUGAAUCCUCUUUAUAUCUACACGAUACACUGAUUAUACAAAACAUUAAGAACACCCACCUAAUAUUGAGUUGCACCUCUUCCUCAGAACAGCCUCAAUUUGUUGAGCCAUGGACUCUAAUGUAUCAAACCUUAAAAAUCCCUCUUUAACCUGUCUCCUCCCCUUCGUCUACAUUGAUUGAAGUGGAUUGAACAAGUGACAUCAAUAAGGGAUCAUAGCUUUCACCUGGUCAGUCUGUCAUGGAAAGAGGAGGUGUCCUUAAUGUUUUGUAUACUCAGUGUAGAUUACCUCAUGGUAAACUGCAGACCCUUUUAUCUACCAAAAUAAUCUACAUCCCACUCCAUAAUGUUUUGUAGGUCGAUUCUUGCAUCAAACUAAAGCUGUAUUUGAAUAAUGUUUUAUUUUCAAGUGUUGAGAUACUCAGUUUAUAGCUCAUAUUUUCUUCAACGUGUGAACUGGUACGUACUGACAUCGUAGAUGAAUGAAAUUAAUAAAGUUGCAAUAUUUUUCACAUG